AUCGCCUGAUUUUAACAAAUAUCUAGGUGUUACCAUCAGCGAAAACCUAUCAUGGACCAUCUAUGGGAAAAUAACUAGUGGUCUCUAACCUUGUCUUCAACAACAACAACAACAUCCACAACUUUUGGUAGAUGACUACUUGUUAGCUUAGGGGAUGUCACGUCACCGACUUCGCAGGGGUUUUCGGACUGGCUGAAGGAAAUGUCUGGACCACGUCCUUUUAGAUCUGUGGAAGAGGCUUAUGCUUUUGUUAAAAGCCAUGAAAUAGCUACAAAUAACAAAUACGUUGUGGCAAAAAGUAAAGGAAUAACUACACAAGAUUUGUCUUCAUUAGAGUCAUACAAAAUACAGUGGGAAUAUGCAUCUGGUAUGAAGGCUGGGUCGGAAAAAGUAGAUGAUGGUAUACCAUUUAUUAACCUUGGUAUUGAGCUGCGAAAUUGUCAAUUUGGACCUCCUAGAAAGCGAAGCAAAACACAGCCUACAGAGGACAGCGAGGAUACAAGUAACCAGGAAGUAAUGUCCGGUGCGGAGAAAAAUCAGCCGACAACAGGAAGUCCAGUGAAAAAGAGAAGAGCACAGCCCUCGAAAAAGUUGAAUUGCCUAUCUCAAGUAAAGAUAAAAAAGAUCAUGAAGUUUCCAGAAUAUGCUGUUGAAGUUGGUAAGGAAUACCCUAGUAAUUUCAAAAGUGAGUUAGGUAAACAGUUGAAGGCAAACUUCAGUGAAGACACAAAGAGAUAUAUCCUUGUUUAUGUUCAUAUUGACAACGACCAUAAUCAUGAAACCACACCAAUAGAGGAGCAACAUAAACACAAGAAAAUUGUCCAUGUUGUUGAUAAAGGAUGUACCAGGCUAUCGGGGGUUGCUGUGCCAAAUAUUGUUCCAAAAAGAGGACCUUUGCUUAAAAAAUGGGCAAGUUUGAAGGGUAAAAAUUUGAUGGACUUGGCAAUGCAGUUUAAGACAACGUUUGUGCUGCCAGCACCGCUUGCUCAAGCAAAGCCAGACCAGAAACUGGAGAAUAUGGGUGACCAGGAACUAUUGUCAUUGUACCAUGACAUUACUGGGGAGAUGCCAAACAAUAUGUUCUCCAUUGCAAACAAAGAAUUUACAACCUUAAAUCUCAGGCUCUUACUCCAUCUAUGUAUAAUGUUUGCUAAUGCUGCCUGUGAUGCCAGCAGACAGUCACAGGUACAUCCAAGUGUAAGGAUUAAAGGAACAGAAAGUAACUUCACUCCAGUCCAGUGUUUAGAAAUAGACUGUGCAAUAGUAGAUCCUCACAUGCAUUGUCCGUUUUGUGCAAAAACAGACUCGUACACAGAUCCAAGUCUACUGAAAACACACUACACAAAUAGACAUGUGAAUAAAGCGAUUGAAUUUGCUGGUUUAAGAAUACUGCGCUGUUAUGAUAUCUGUGAGGUUGCUGGGAAAAACAAGGGCUGUAAAACUUUCAAGGGAGGUCACUGGCACUGCUAUAAAUGUCCAAACGGUUUAGACAAACGUAACAGCGUCUAUGCUCACUAUCAGUCACACUUGAAGAAUUACGAGUCCAGCUUUCAGAUUCAAGUGGCACAGGAUGUGAAUCCAUCAAUGUGUGGUUUUACUGUACCUCAUGAAAUUGAUGUUUCCCACGUUCCCUGGGAGUCAUAUAACACUUCAGCCAGUUUAAACACUGUCUCUACAACAACUAGGCCAAAUAGUUGUAGUAGUUCAUUGAAAAGAAGUUAUGCAGAUACCAGUCUUGGAGGUUUGGAAACCAUUGACCAUACAGCCAUGUAUGUGCAGGAUGAUGGUAUAGGAAAUGUUACUUCAACUUAUAAUGCUCAGGAAAUACCUACCACUGGAAAUGAAACGUACGUUAUAACAGUUCCCGACAGUGCUGAACUAGCUGAGUUGAAAGCUAGAGUCCAGGAACUUGAGAUGAGCUGUAAAGAACUUGAAAAACAAAAGGCAGUUCAAAAAUCUCAUAUUGAAUUGUUACAGAAAAGGGAUGCUGACCAGACUAAAUUAGUACAGGAAUUAAAGUUGGAAAAGCAAAACCUUGUUGCUGAACUUGAUACACAGAAAUCAGAAAUAGAAAAACUUAAAUCAACACAGAAAACAUUAUGCCAGUCUGCAGAGAAAAAUCUAUGCAGUUCAUCUAAAAAUUAUGAAAAUAAAUCACAAAAGACUGGAGGCUUUGAACAAGUUCCUAGGGAUGUAGAUGUAUCUUUAAAUAAAGCAAAAGAACUGGAAAAGAGCCUAAAGAAUCAUGGGAAAGAUACACCUGUUCCUGGACAUAGCUAUGGAACUAGACGGGCUACAAGGAAAUUCUCAACUAGAAAGUCUAGUGAUCACACAUACAUAAAUGAAAAUUUAAGCAAACACAAUAGAUUGACUUUGACUGGUUCUCAGACACAUAGGAAAAUUUCUGCAGACUCUAGAACCAGUCAGCCAACAACAAUGGAAGAGAUGUGCAAUCAGUUAUCUAGCAUGCGAGAGGAGAUUGAGCUGCUGAAGCAGACGUCACUUGGUGGCAGUGCUAUUGACAUACAGCAUGUAUCUAAGCAACCACUGGAAGCCCAGAGCAGUAAACUUGAUCUAAGUGUAUAUAACUCAAUACCUACUGGAAACUCUCAUGACAGUUCUAGUGCUUCAUUUGCUGUUCCUUCAAAUUCUCACAUUGCUCAAAAUAUGCAAAACUAUGACGAAAAUAUGACUACUUUACACAAUACAAGUAUUGACAACAAUUUAAAAAACUCUUCAUGUGCAGUUUCUGUGAGCGGAAAUGAUGGAACUGAUGUACCUGGUUCCCUUACAUCUGUGAGAACAGGCUGGGCCUCUGGUAGAGCAGCGGGGAAUGUGGAUGACCUAUGUGCUGCAGCAAGAAUUUUAGAGAGUUCAUUGCCUUCAGAUUGUUGAUUUUUGAAGGAAAUUUGAAACAAUAUUUAAGUAGGGGAUAUCGCCUAUUUUUUGACCGAUGUACUAUAGACAUGCAAAUUUUCUCACCUAUACCUUAUUUAUAGUCAAAAAUCACAUUUCCAUAAUAUGUCAGCUACUGUGAAUUUUUUGUGGCGUUAUAUGUUUUGUAUAAUAGUACUAUAUCUGGAUAACAAAAUGUUUUACAGAAUUGCAAUAUAUGACAGUGCUGCUGAAAAGAAUGAUUUUUAGGUUGAAAAAGAUUUUUUGAUGCUAUGCAGUGAUUUUGCAUCAUCGCAUACUAGAGGCCUACCAUGGUUCUGUGGUUGAACCCCCAGCACAUUUUGACAGUAUUUUUAGUUUGUUUAUAUGGCAGGUUAAAGGUGUAAACCAAUAAACAUUGGGAACGGUGGUCUAGUAGUUAAGGUGUUGGCCGCUCUAUCUGGGGGUCAUGCACACUUCUUCACAUAAGACACCAGUACUGGUUUUCCCAGGAAGCUGAUGGAGAUGGGUUCAAAUAAGCUUAAAACUUUCAUCACAGUUGAGCUAAAAUGAACUGGUAUAAACUAAUUAACUACUUUUUGCGACAGAUCUCCACAAACCUCAAAAUUGUCUGUGAAAAGAAUGACUGCAUCAUUUUCAGUAUUGACACUGAAUAAUUUUAUUUCCUUGAGGUGAAUUUCGAAGUGUCGAAUCAGAGGAGAACAUCUUAACAAUUAUUUCAUAACGUAUUUGUUAAUUUUUAACUAGUAUUUUGCUUAGAUGUUGCUUGAAAUUUCAAUUUAGCAGAUUGAAUGUAGGAAAAUGUUGAUUGGCUGAAACCUCACUGGGUAGUAAAGAGGAUUGUGUAUGCUCAAAAGAUAUACAAUUAAAGAAAUAUAUCAAAAAUUCAUCCAGGGGGACUGUGACAAACUUCCUGAUAGAUGAGAAAGUGGUUUUUGUGCCAAGGCAUUUUUAAAAGGAAAAAUUUGGUAUUUUUCAAAAACUAUUUCUAGAACUGUGUUUUCUUUUAGAGUUGUGUUAAAUGAGAGACCAAGUGAAUUUACAGACAUCCUUCACUAAAAUAUUUUAUCUUAAGAUAUUUACUUCAAAUGUAUAAAACCCUCAUCAAAUGUAUUUAACUUUACUAAAUUUUAAAAUUAAAUAAACACAAAGAGUUACAUUCAUACUUAAAUGCCAUGCAGUAACAGUUGAUUUUUAAAAAAACAGCCAGUUUUUUUUUUAGUUCAUAUUUAUACUGUGUUUACAGUGUGUACUAUUUUAAACAUUAUACAUAGUACUGUUGAGAACAUAAACUUACAUAGUACUGUUGAGAACA